UCCAAGAGAGUGGAAACAUUCAACCCAUCGAGGUUUAGAGUUAAUAUCAUGUUUCUGACUUCCUGAAGCUUAGAGUAUCUCUAUACUGAUAUCCAGAUUUAAUGGCAAGAACUGGGAGGUGACCGAGGGUUCCAGGAUGAAGUCCUAGCUGUCUGACACUUUAACACCCAUCUAGCUUGUUGUCAACUAUAGUCUGGGGGUUGUAGAGAUCUGUGUGUUUGUCAACAGUUCAGUACACAAUGUUCCAGUUGGAUGACACAGAUGACUUGGACUUAAGCUUGGAGGAAGGGGACUUCCUCAGUGCUGCCUUCAGCACAAUCAAAUCAGCUGUGCAGAAUAAAAAGAGAAGUAGCUUUGAGCUUGGCUAUGGAGAUGGUGAUGACCCUGGCAUAAAGAAAGCUAGAUGUACAGAAAGUGGUGGAAGAGUAACUGACCCCACAUCAUGUGACCAGGGACCUCACACCAAGGGUCAGCACUGUCCAGGACCAGAGACUGCUCCCAGUGACCAGAGAAUUCAAACUGACCAGCCACAGGCUAUGAACACAACCACCAAAAAGAAGUUCACAUUUAAAUCUCCCAGGGGGAUUCGAUCCAGUUUUAGUUCGAACUCUGCAGCUGUUCCCUCCAACUCGGGACUGAGUGAAAGAAGGCCGUUGCCUUCCAUACUUACAGGCUUUGAUGAAAACACUGACCAGAACAGAUUGGCAAAGUUAACAGGGUCUGGAACCCAUGGAGAAUAUACAAAAGAUAGGAACACAAGUGAAGCCCAUGGCUUUUCUGUAGACAGCUUGACAGCAGAGGAGAUAGCAGUGUCAUGUGACCUGGACCAGUGGUCAGAUGAUGACUGGUCAUGUGACAGGAACUUGAAGAAGAGUGGUAUUCUGGGUAAUGAAGAUGACCCAAGCGGCAGCUGCAGUGGACAGAAGUCGGUGCUGCCUUCUAUAGAAAAGAAAGUUUCUGAAAAUGUUAGAACAGCUGGUGAAUUGGGAAACAGGCAGUCUGAUAAUUUUCUGUGUGGUAUUAAAUCUGAUGACAGUAAGGACUGUAAAUUUUCAGCGUCAUCUGAAACUAACAGAUAUUCUUUAGGGAAGAACACAGUGGUAAAUUCCAUUCAUGAAUCAUUGUCUGUGAAUAAAGAAAGUUUGGAUUCAUCAUCAUUUAAUGGCGUAUCACCACAGACAGUGCCGCACUGUUCUGGCGGGUUAAGAUCUCGGACAGUAACACCAUCUACCAGUAAGUCAGAUACUAAACCGCCAUUCAAAAAUGCACUUGGUUCACAAACAUUAGAGACACCCACAUGUAAUAAUAAAUCAUCAAGAAUUCAGUCAUCUGGUAAUGGUUUGAGAUCACAGACAGUUGCUCCCUCUAGCAGCAUGCUUAGACCGCAGACAAUGGAGACAUCUGGUGACCCGUCCACUCCACAGAGAAUAAUGCCAUCUAUCAAAAAGUUGGGAUCAGAGGGCCAUAUGCCAUGGGGUGAAGUACAAGCAUCUUCAAAAAAGAAGAGGAAGUUUCCAGGCCCAGCUGGGCUUCUGCCAAAGUUGAGUAAGGAAGCAGGUCUGUCUGAUACCAGCCUUCCAAGUCCGUGUGUGCCCACUGUGGUUGCCAAGGAGAACAAAACGCCCUUAUUUCCCUGCAGCCAGAGUUCACAGGAAGUGUUUGGUGGCGCCACCUGGAGGGCUAUGCUGCUUGAAGUGGGCAAGGCUGACUACGCCGCCAUUGCUGCAAAAUAUAGUCUUGCAAAUAUUGUCAGGAAAGCCAGCCAGAAGCUGUUGCCAGAUGGUAAAGUGCCUGUGGUGUGUGCUGUCAUAGAGUCUAUACAAGCAAGAGAGGCAGAGGCUAGUCUACAGCUUAGGGACCCAUCUGGCACCAUUCAGGGCACAGUGCACAGACAGCUGGUGAAGGAAUACGGCACUCAGCUCCAGCUGGGCUCUGUGCUGGUAUUGCGACAG